AUGUCUGUAGAAGUACUUAUUCCUAAUGUUACGGGGACUGGAGAGGGACCGCAUUGGGAAGAUGGUACCCAAAGCCUCCUGUUCGUGGACAUAACAGAACAGAACGUUUACAGAUGGGAUUCCCUUACUGGAAACGUGGACAAAGUACACCUUGAUAAAAGGGUGGGAUGCGCUGUGCCCUGUAAGGACGGGGGAUACCUAGUAGGUUUGGGGCGGGAUGUUGCACACCUGGACUGGACGUCUCGGAAACUGACCACACUGCACGAGAUACCUCUUAACGGCAUAGAGAAUAAAUUUAAUGACGGAAAGUGUGACCCAGCUGGCCGCUUCUGGUUAGGGAGUAUGGGAGAUAUACUGACCUAUGACCCACUAGUGUUCGAAAUGGAGAAGGGAGAGUUGUACUGUCUUGAUACUGAGGGCAGCCUUCAAGAACGUGUGGACAAGAUGACCGUUUCCAACGGCUUAGCGUGGUCGUCUGACCAAAGGACCAUGUACUACAUUGAGAGCUCCCCAGGUCAGAUCAUGGCCUUCGACUAUGACGUCACUUCCGGAAACAUACGUAAUAGAAGAGCAGUGGUAGAGUUCGGGACCUUUGACCCCUCUGACCCCGACGAUCUUGGUUUACCAGAUGGUAUGACUAUCGACACAGAUGAUAACCUUUGGGUGGCUUUCUACGGCACGGGACAGGUGAUCUGCUUCAACCCGCAGACAGGUAAAAUUCUCCGAAAAAUCCAAUUGCCCUGUAAAAGAACUACAUCGUGUUGUUUUGGCGGGAAGAAUUUUGACGAGCUCUUUGUAACUUCCGCAACAGCAGGGUCUACUGACGAUGAGCGCGAGGCAUUUCCCGCCUCUGGUUCUGUAUUUCGAGUUACUGGAUUAGGAGUCAAAGGUCAUCCUGCUCACGUUUUCCAAGGAAACUUAAAACUAUGA